UCUUCUUCGCAAAGGACCUCUCGCCUACAAACACCCAUCAUUGCCGUCUGCGUAUCAUCAAGCCGCUUCUCCAUCUUCCCGACUUGUGUACCAGCUGAACGACAGACAGCACCAAGUAUACCACCAUGCAUAACGUCGCUCUGUUGGCGCUGCUCGGACUCGCGGUACUUGGCUUCUACAAGAUCGUGGCCUCCAUCGCCCUCAAGUGGCAACAUGCCUCGAAAGCUCGCCAACUCGGAUGUCAAGACCCUGUAGUCGUCCCGGGCGGCGGUGUGCUCGGUCUGAAGCAUCUCAAGAACAUGAUGGCGGCAGACAAAGCGCAACGAUUCCCAGAUUUCAUGCUCGAUAGACACGAAAUGAUGUCCAAGCAGACCGGACGUGUCUGCGAGACAUUCAGGACUGACCUCAUGGGCCAGAGUGUCUUCUUUACGAGCGACCCAGAAAACAUCAAGGCUAUCCUCGCCACGCAAUUCCAGGACUUUGAUCUGGGCCCAGUGAGGCGGGCCAUCAUGGGAAAGGUGCUUGGCGACGGUAUUUUCAUCCAAGACGGCAAGAAAUGGGAACACAGUCGGGCCAUGUUGCGACCGAACUUCGUUCGUGACCAAGUCAGCGAUCUCGAUAUGGAAGAAAUUCAUGUCAAGAACCUGCUCCAGGUGAUGCCGGCAAAAGAAGCCGGCUGGACUGAUCUCGUCAAUAUCCAAACGCUCUUCUUCCGGUUGACCAUUGAUGCCUCGACCGAGUUCCUCUUCGGAGAGAGCGUUCUUUCUCAAGUUGCCGCAAGCAAGACCGAUGGCAAGCCGAACGCGCGUGACGAGACGAUAUUCAGUCAAAACUUCGACCGCUCGCAGUACCACAUGGCCAGGCAGUUCCGCUUCGCAGACAACUACUGGCUCUACCGCUCUUCAGAACUUGAUCAGAAUGCUAAAGUCGUCAAUGAAUUUGUCAAGACAUACGUUGAAGCCGCACUCGCCGCCCCAGAGAAAGAGAAAUCGGACAAAUACAUAUUCUCCGAGGCCCUUGCCCAGCAGACCCGGGAUCCUGACGAAAUUCGCGCACAGCUCCUCAACAUUCUCCUUGCCGGCCGUGACACCACCGCCUCGCUUCUGUCCUGGUUCUUCUACGAGAUGCUCCGCAACCCUGCCGUGUUCGAAAAGCUCCGCGGCGUCAUCACGGAAACCUUUGGUACAUUUGAUGAGCCGACAGAUAUCACUUUUGCUACCCUGAAGAGCUGCCAAUACCUCCAGUACUGUAUCAACGAGACGCUCAGAGUCUGGCCCGUCGUACCCGGGAAUGGGCGGAGAUCCAACAAAGACACCACCCUUCCCCGUGGUGGCGGGCCAGAUGGGAAGAGUCCUAUCUUCAUCCCUGCGGAGACCGGUAUCGAUUAUUCUGUUCACGUCUUGCAUCGCAGGAAGGACAUCUGGGGUGAGGACGCGGGCGUCUUCCGGCCGGAACGAUUUCAGGGACUGAGGCCGAAUUGGACGUUCAUUCCUUUCAAUGCUGGCCCGCGCAUCUGUAUUGGCCAGCAGUUUGCUCUGACGGAGGCCAGCUACGUGAUCGUGCGAUUGCUGCAGAAAUACGACAAGAUCGAAGCUGCGCCUGGCGAGCUCGACGCUCCAGCGCUGAGUAAUCUGUCGUUGACGAACUGUCCGGCCAUACCCGUGACUCUGAGGUUGCACGAGGCGGAGUAA